AUGCUGAAUGCCGUUCUCGAUGGUCGCCGAGUGCUGUCGGCUGAAGAGAGGACUUUCUCCCACAAGGUGAGGUCCAUGUACAAAUACGGCGACGAGAGAGCUGCCGAUUGGACCACUCCGGACGACGUGCACAGACAAGACACUCCCGAACCGCAAGUUCCUGUACGCUCUCUCACCAACCCUCGUCGCCGACCUGUCACGAGUCGAAGUUCGAGGCCAAUGGACUUCCAUGAUCGUUUCAGCUUCAUUCAAAACGAGCACGAGUGCGCUGGCGGCGUCGAGGACUGGGAGGAUUUGUCUGGCAAGGAUGUCGAUCGCUAUGGCUUCAUCAACCCGACCAAAUUCAUCCCUACCGAAGGCCCGCAAGGCACGUCUGUGAAGCCUAGUCUUCAGCGUGUCACCACAUCACUACAACUCUUAUCCAGCAGUCCGCGCAGGCGCAGAGGCUUGAUUAGAGGUCCCUCCAAUGCUAGAUCCUCGCGCUCUCUCCCACCUCCCACCCGCACAAACACCCGUACCACCGUCGCCUCAUCUCCCUCUGCCCACGCUGCCUCUGUAUAUUCCUUCCAGUCCGGCUAUUCGCAACAUCGCUCCCAUAACCCUUUCCGCUCGCGCGACCGUCGCGUUCUCGAUGACGCAAGCGAUAUGCUCACAUUGCCCGCCUGCCUCGAUAAUCUCGCGGAAGAGGAUGCGCACGAAGGCUUCUUGAGACGGCGUGAAGUUUUGCGCGAAGAGAAAUGGCGCAAGAUGGCUCGUUUAAUGCCAGAAGGUCCAAGAGGCGGCGGCAUGAACUUUGAAUUCGAUGUGACAGAUCCAAAACUCGUCGCACGUACUUGGAAGGGGGUGCCUGACAAGUGGCGCGCAACUGCAUGGCAUGCCUUUUUGUCUGCCUCGGCCAAACGCCGAGGAGGAUGCCAGUCCGACGAAGAGCUUAUUGAGAUCUUCCACGAACUGCAGGAAGAAAGCUCUGCCGAUGAUGUACAGAUCGAUGUCGAUGUUCCUAGAACGAUCAGCAUGCACAUUAUGUUCCGUCGCAGGUAUAGAGGAGGCCAGCGUUUGCUCUUCCGCGUCCUCCAUGCCAUCUCUGUCCAUUUCCCAUCUACGGGUUAUGUACAAGGCAUGGCUUCCUUGGCUGCAACCUUGCUCUGCUACUAUGACGAGGAACACACCUUUGUCAUGCUCGUUCGCAUGUGGGAGCUGCGUGGACUCAAAGUGCUUUACGAACAUGGUUUCUCGGGGCUCAUGACAACGCUCAAGGAGUUCGAGACUGACUGGCUGGCUAACGACCAAGAUCUGAAGGCCAAACUCGACGACUUUGGCAUCGACGCCAUGACAUACGGUACGAAAUGGUACCUCACACUCUUCAACCUCAGCAUGCCCUUCCCAGCCCAACUACGUGUCUGGGAUGUGUUUAUGCUGUUGGGCGAUGCCGACUUUCCCGGAAACCCACCACCUACUCGAGAAAGCAAGUCUACUUUCGAAGGCGCCGACUUGAGUGUGUUGCACGCCACCAGUGCUGCAUUGGUCGACGCUACCAAGUCUCUCAUUGUCGAAGGCGACUUUGAGAACGCAAUGAAGGUGCUCACCAGUUGGGUGCCUGUGCGAGACGAAGACAUGCUGAUGCGGGUCGCAAAAGCCGAGUGGAAGAUCCACAUGAAGACCCGAAGACAUGCCUCUGCUUGA